AUUGUACUCAGAAAUCGUUUUGAAUACAACUACAGUGAAUAUUGGACGUUAUAGUAAAACAAAAGUGGACAAUUUGACUAUGUGAUAAUUUUGUUUACGUUUCGAAGGACAUUUAAUCAUCGGAUUGUGAAUUGAAAUUGACGCAUCAUGAGCAUUAUCUCAACAAGGACUAUUUGUUAAAUUGAAGCCGAAAUAGUGUUCAUAAAUUGAUGGAUACUACACAUCCGGCAAGGGGACGCAAUACGCGAACACCGACGGAAAAAACAUGACACUGAGCCUAUCGUGUCUUGUUUUCUUUCUUCCUUGAUAUUUGAUUUCCCCCAUCAUGGCUCAUCAGCAAACUUUUGCAAGAAAUCGUCUCUACCAAAUUUUGUUUUGGUUCACCAUCGGAUUGAAUGUGGCGGAUCAGAGCUCUCUGCCACUAAAAUAUGAAGCUCCUGAUGACUGCCAGUGGUGGCUGCGAGGCCCCAACGAUGCACAUGAAGUUUCCCUCACGUGUAAACUACGCACAAUAAACAGUGAAUUCGACACAACUAACUUCAGUGUAAUUCCGUCAGAACAUACCACGUCCUUAAGAAUAGAGUGUAAUGAAGAAAUGAUGUAUAAAAGCUCCCUUGAUGAUCGGAGUUUUGCUCAUCUAGUAAAACUACGUGAACUUGUUUUAGAUAACUGUAAAAUUGGAAGAUGGCCGCCUGGCGUACUCUCCGGCUUGAGAGACCUCCGAAAUUUAACGAUUCGAACGAAAAACACAGAGUGGGCCGCUAUGAGUUUAGAGAUAGCAUCAGAAAGCUUUACGGCUGUUCGACAGUUGGAAAAGUUGGAUCUCAGUUUUAAUAACAUUUGGUCGUUUCCCGAAAACUUGUUUUGCCCGUUAACCAAUUUAGUGUAUUUGAAUGUGUCAUCGAAUCGUCUACAAGAUGUGAGUGAUUUGGGAUUCCGAGAGCGAGCAAUGCAUCAAGCACUGAUUAGCGAGCAAGAUGGACCUGCUCCUUCGGCACCAUCAAUGUCACAUGCAACCUGUUCACUAGAUAUUGAGGUACUAGAUGCUUCAAGCAAUCACUUUGUUUUGAUGCCAGAAAACGGCUUCAUGGCUCUGCGUAGACUUAAAGAACUCCACAUUCAUGAUAACGAAAUAUCAAUGGUGGCUGACAAAGCGUUAUCUGGAUUGAAACAGCUGCAGAUAAUUGAUCUCUCAAACAACAAAAUAGUCGCUCUUCCACAAGAUCUGUUUAAAGAUAGUAGACCGGUCAUCAAAGAAAUAUACUUACAAAACAAUUCUAUAAGUGUGCUUUCACCAAGCCUGUUCGCCAACCUAGAUCAGCUGUUGGCGUUGGAUUUAUCAAAUAAUCAUUUAACGAGUACUUGGAUUAAUGAGAAUACUUUCACCGGUCUUAUAAGAAUGGUGCUGUUGAAUUUAUCAAACAAUAGAUUAACGAAACUUGAUCCCAAGAUUUUCAAAGAUUUAUAUACUUUACAAAUUCUAAACGUUCAGCAUAAUAUGUUGGAAAGCAUUGCUGCUGACACGUUUGCACCUAUGAAUAAUCUGCACACGUUGAUCUUAUCUUACAACAAGAUAUCGCACAUCGAUGCUUACGCCCUAAAUGGUCUGUAUGUGUUGUCGUUACUAUCUAUCGACAAUAACCAUCUUGAAGAACUCCAUCCAGAAGCAUUCAGGAAUACAUCCUCUCUACAGGAUUUGAAUUUAAAUGGGAAUCGCUUAAAGAAGGUACCCAUCGCGCUAAGAAAUAUGCGAUUACUAAGGACUCUUGAUCUGGGAGAGAAUCAGAUAACGUCAUUGGAAGAACCCGGCUUCGUCGGUUUGCAUAACGUAUACGGCCUUCGUCUUAUCGGAAAUAAAAUAGAAAACAUAAGUAAAGACGUGUUUACAGAUUUACCGUCCCUGCAAAUUCUAAAUCUUGCACGAAAUAAAUUAAAGCACAUCGACAUGAAUGCUUUUGAAACAUUAUCUACACUACAAGCUAUAAGGUUGGAUGCCAACCAACUCACUGAAAUUCAAGGCCUAUUCGUAAAUAUUCCAUCGCUCUUGUGGUUGAAUGUAUCAGAUAACCAAAUAGAAUGGUUUGAUUACACCGUUAUCCCUUCGGGACUUCAGUGGCUGGAUCUUCAUAGUAACAAUAUCAAAGAGCUCGGAAACAACUACCGAAUGGAUAAAGAAUUGCGCUUACAAACAUUAGACGCAAGUUUCAACAAAAUGACAAAAAUAUCGGCUUUUUCGAUUCCCAGCAGUGUAGAGUUGCUGUUCCUGAAUGAUAAUCAAAUUACACAAGUUGAAGCUCAAACUUUUGUUGGAAAAACCAAUUUAACGAGAGUCGAUUUGUAUGCAAAUCAGAUAACUAGUAUGGAUCUCAAUGCGCUUCGUCUAACUCCGGUCGAUCCGGGACGGCCGCUACCCGAAUUUUAUAUCGGUGGAAACCCGUUUCAGUGCGAUUGUACUAUGGAGUGGCUGCAACGCAUAAACAAACUGGACCAUCUGAGACAACAUCCACGUGUUAUGGACUUGGAGAGCAUUUAUUGUAAAUUGUUGUACAAUCGUGAAAGGACUUAUAUUCCACUUAUCGAAGCGGAAUCAUCUCAGUUUUUGUGUACAUAUAAAACCCACUGUUUUACGCUGUGCCAUUGUUGUGAUUUUGACGCCUGUGAUUGUGAAAUGACGUGCCCAUCGAACUGUACGUGUUAUCACGACCAACCGUGGUCAGCCAAUAUUGUGGACUGUUCGGCUGCUGGGUAUUCGGAAAUACCUAGUAGUAUACCUAUGGACGCUACUGAACUAUAUUUAGACGGUAAUAAUUUUGGUGGUUUAACGAGUCAUGCUUUUAUCGGACGUAAGAAUUUAAAAAUAUUGUACGCUAAUAAUUCUAACAUUGACGCUCUGUAUAAUAAUACGUUUAGUGGACUAAAACGCUUAACAAUAUUGCAUUUAGAAAAGAACAAUAUAAAAGAGUUGCUAGGUUUCGAACUGUCGCCUCUGGAGAAUUUGCGCGAGUUGCAUCUACAAGACAAUAAAAUACAUUAUAUCGAUAAUCGCACCUUCAUGGAGUUGAGGCAUUUAGAAGUGUUGCGCUUGGAAGGAAAUAACAUUUACGGCUUCGCGGUGUGGCAGUUCACGAUGAAUCCAUAUUUGGUAGAGAUAAGUCUCUCGCGGAACCUUUGGUCGUGCGAUUGUCAGUACAUGCAUAAAUUUCGCACUUGGUUCAAAAAUAACCUUGGAAAAGUGGAAGAUGCUCUUAAGAUCACGUGCGUAUUUGACAACGUUACUAACGCCGUUGGACCAUUGAUGGCCGAUUUUAACUCAACAAUAUGUACUAGUCACGUGGGAGGAAGUUCAUCAAUAAUCGAGAACCAAGUAAUUAAUGAUUAUCUGCCUCUGCUACUAAUAUCACUGUGCGUGUUCAUCACAAGCUCGGCAUUAAUAUGCGGCGUAUUUUAUUGGAGGCGUGAGCUUCGAGUCUGGAUUUACUACCACUGUGGAUUCAGAAUGUGCUACAAAAGCACAGCUUUCGACGAUGAAGCCGACAAAGAUCGGCUGUUUGACGCCUACAUAAGUUAUAGCGUGAAAGACGAAGCUUUCGUCGCUCAAAUGUUAGCGCCCGGCCUAGAAUCCACUGACCCAAGUUUCCGUCUCUGUCUACAUUACCGGGACUUCAACGCCUCGGCAUACGUGGCGGAUACAAUAAUAGAGGCCGUGGAGUCAUCAAAAAGGACCAUAAUAGUCUUGUCCAAAAAUUUCAUCAACAACGAAUGGUGCCGUUUUGAAUUUAAAACGGCACUUCACGAAGUACUGAAAGAGAGACGAAGAAGACUGAUAAUAAUAUUGCUAGGGGAGCUACCGAAUAGGGACAUCGAUCCAGAGCUCAGGUUGUGUUUGAAAGCGAACACUUGUAUAGAGUGGGGUGAUAGACAAUUUUGGCAAAAGUUGAGGUUCGCGAUGCCGGACUUGCGGAAGUGUCAGUAUCACCGGUCGACAGUGAAUAUUUACGCUUCGGUGUCCCCGGUGGGGGCCGGGCGGGCGCCGGCGCCGCCCCCGCCGCCGCCGCCGGGCAAGCUCCCCCCCCUGCUCGGCGACGGGCUGGCCCUGCCGACCAGCGUGCACUCGCGCGACGCGCACCCCCACCGCAUGCCGCCGCAAGCGCAGCUCUGGGCGUAGCGUAUGCUCCAACGCAGUGCAUCUUCGGAACGCACUGCGUACACCUGGCUGCCCGACACCAGGAUCGAGUUCUGCUCGCCGUACAGUCGGCGAAAGAGCUCCAACUCAACGGUCUACGAGAGCGACUGAUGGUACGAGGGCUUCGACCAACUCGAAGAAGCUUUGCUUUGAUCACGAACACUUAAAGUGCGAAACCCUGUACUACGAAACUCUUGAGUGACGUCGAGAAUAAUCUUCUUUGGCGUUUGACGUUGUACACCGUUCUCCUAUAAAAUAUGUUUAUGUUAUUAAUUGUUUAGGUCUCUAACCUUUGUAAAUAGUUACCUAUCUUUUAUGUAAAAAUAAUCUUGAUAACAAUUUUUAUGCCAUCCAUUAUGUAAUUAGAUUCCAAGCAAUGACGUAAUAUUUUAGGUGACAAGCGUUUAAAGCUUUUGCAAUGAAUUAAAAUUCAACGAACACAAAUGUCACGAUGU